UAAUAGUGGAAACAAUUAUGCGUCUCUCAAUCCUAUUCGAUUCAUAUAAGAUAGUUACUUUCACAAAAGCUCAAUUAUUCCCGGAAAAGCGUCAAAAGGCAGAAAGAGAGUCCCUUACUCCAUCCAUCUCCAAUUUCGACACCCUAAAACUUUCAUCUUUCGAUUAUUCUCUCUAAUUUCUAACCCCCAAUUCGGUUUUCGAUCGUAAUCCCACCGAUCAAAUUCAAUCUCUAAUUUUUUUGCUGUUGUUACACGAAUUUUGCUUUAAAAUUUAACAGAAAAUGGUGUCGGCAAAUAGGGAGAUGGUGGCGUACUGCUUCGACACACUGGUGGCGCACUACAACAAUGAGGAGGCUCCUCCUCCCGCCUUCGAUGAGGGCCAACAUCCACUGUUCGUGACCUGGAAGAAAGUGAUCAAUGGUGGGGAACCUCGUUUACGCGGAUGCAUAGGGACUUUGGAAGCUCGCUGCAUAGUUAAUGGUUUCAGGGACUAUGCUUUGACAAGUGCCCUCAGGGAUCGGCGAUUUCCCCCAAUACAAGCUAAAGAACUGCCUUCCUUAGAAUGUACAGUUUCCAUUCUGACUAAUUAUGAAACUGCUCGUGACUACCUUGACUGGGAGGUUGGGAAGCACGGAAUAAUUAUUGAAUUUACUGAUCCCGACUACAAUACAAGGCGAAGUGCCACCUACUUGCCCGAGGUUGCUGCUCAUGAAGGGUGGACAAAGGUCGAAGCAAUUGAUUCAUUGAUGAGAAAGGCGGGUUAUAGUGGGACCAUCACCGGGCAACUGCGAAAGCGCAUCCAGCUUACCCGUUACCAAAGCACGCUAUUUACCAUGCAGUACAGCGAGUAUGUUGCCUACGUGAAGACAACCAGAGGUGUUGCUCCGACUAUUAAUGGGGCAAAACCAUGAUUAUCAUUAACUUUCACUUAAGCUGCAAGACAAUUGUGACGAUAGGAAGGUAACUUAGUUAACCAAAUGGUGGAUUAUGAUUUAUUUUCUUCCUAUCAUUUUUAUGUUUCUGGGCAACUGAAGGUUUUCAUGGACAAAUUCGCUGUGUUGUAACAUUUCUGUCUGUAAUAUAUAAUUUGUCUCUCUUGUGCUUGA